AAACCAACCCUGGACAGCACGGCAGGGAAGGGGAAGGUUUGCUCGCUCUGAGGGAUUGCCAGCACAUCAGAAGGGGCCGGGUGCUGGGGGAGGAGAUUGGAGGGAGAGGUAAUCCCUGGUGUUUUGAGCAUCCCCUUUUUUAGAAAGACGGAGUCUCUCCCAGGACAGCUGCUGCGGUCACACCACAAACUUAAAAGCCGUCCUCCUGCUUGGAGCGUGCCUUUCCGCACCAGGCUCGCUGGACUGAGCGCCAACUGGUUGGUCGCUGUCCGUGAGGAGAGGCGCUCAGGGGACAGGAGCGCCCCCUGCCUUCCCGCCUGGCCCCAGCCAGGACCUCGGUGCUCCGCUAGGGCCGCCCGCGCUCCGCGGUUCAGCCCGAGCUGCCGCUCCAAAGAACUCGCGCCUGUGCCCCGGUCGCCGUCCUCUCGGCUUCCACUGGCUGUCCCUUCCUCUCUCCUGAGCCUGCGUUGUAAGGAAAGGAAAAGCAACAAGAGUUGCCAGCAGGAAGGGUGAAGUAACAGUGUUUGGAAGACAAAAUUUUCAUCAUGAAUGCUAAUAAAGAUGAGAACCCAAGGCCCAGAAGUCAAGAUCUUCACCUUUUUCAUGCUGGGAUGAUGUUAAUCGUGACUGUGCUAUAUCUUCCUGUCACUGAAACAUCUAAACAAAAUAUUCCACGGCUCAAGCUAACCUACAAAGACUUGCUGCUCUCAAACACCUGCAUUCCCUUUUUGGGUUCAUCAGAAGGACUGGAUUUCCAGACUCUUCUUUUGGAUGAGGAGAGGGGCAUACUGCUCCUAGGAGCCAAAGACCAUGUCUUCCUGCUCAAUCUGGUAGACUUGAACAAGAACUUUAAGAAGAUUUAUUGGCCUGCUGCAAAGGAACGAGUGGAACUAUGUAAACUAGCUGGGAAAGAUGCCAAUACAGAAUGUGCAAAUUUCAUCCGUGUGCUUCAACCCUACAAUAAGACUCAUGUUUACGUGUGUGGAACUGGAGCAUUUCAUCCACUGUGUGGAUAUAUUGAUCUUGGAGCCAACAAGGAGGAACUCAUAUUUAAACUAGACAUGCAGAACCUGGAGUCUGGCAGACUGAAAUGUCCCUUUGAUCCUCAGCAGCCUUUUGCUUCGGUAAUGACAGAUGAGCACCUCUACUCUGGAACAGCUUCUGAUUUUCUUGGCAAAGACACUGCAUUCACAAGAUCCCUUGGGCUAAUGCAGGACCACCAUUACAUCAGAACUGACAUUUCGGAACACUACUGGCUCAAUGGAGCAAAAUUUAUCGGAACGUUCCCCAUCCCAGACACCUAUAAUCCGGACGAUGACAAAAUAUAUUUCUUCUUUCGGGAAUCAUCUCAGGAAGGCAGUACUUCUGACAGAAGCAUUCUUUCAAGAGUUGGGAGAGUUUGUAAGAAUGAUGUGGGUGGGCAGCGGAGUCUGAUAAACAAAUGGACUACUUUUCUUAAGGCAAGACUGGUUUGCUCAAUUCCUGGAAGUGAUGGGGCAGAUACUCACUUUGAUGAACUUCAAGAUAUUUACUUACUCCCUACGAGAGAUGAAAGAAAUCCUGUUGUGUAUGGAGUCUUUACCACAACCAGUUCCAUCUUCAAAGGCUCUGCUGUCUGUGUGUACAGCAUGGCUGAUAUCAGAGCAGUUUUUAACGGUCCCUAUGCUCAUAAGGAAAGUGCAGACCAUCGUUGGGUGCAAUAUGAUGGAAGGAUACCUUAUCCCCGACCCGGAACGUGUCCCAGCAAAACCUAUGAUCCACUGAUUAAGUCCACCCGAGACUUCCCAGAUGAUGUUAUCAGUUUCAUAAGGCGGCACCCGGUGAUGUAUAAGUCGGUGUAUCCAGUGGCCGGAGCACCCACCUUCAAGAGAAUUAACGUGGAUUACAGACUGACGCAGAUAGUGGUGGAUCACGUGGUCGCUGAAGACGGACAGUAUGAUGUCAUGUUUCUCGGAACAGACAUUGGAACCGUCCUGAAAGUUGUGAGCAUUUCCAAGGAGAAGUGGAAUAUGGAGGAGGUAGUCCUCGAGGAGCUUCAGGUAUUCAAGCACCCAACAGCCAUCUUGAACAUGGAGUUGUCGCUGAAGCAGCAACAGUUGUACGUCGGUUCCUGGGAUGGAUUGGUUCAGCUCUCCUUGCACAGAUGCGAUACUUAUGGGAAAGCCUGUGCAGACUGCUGUCUCGCCAGAGACCCUUACUGUGCUUGGGAUGGAAAUGCUUGCUCCAGAUAUGCACCCACUUCCAAAAGGCGAGCUAGACGCCAGGAUGUAAAAUAUGGAGACCCAAUCACUCAGUGCUGGGACAUAGAAGACAGCAUUAGUCAUGAAGCAGCUGAUGAAAAGGUGAUUUUCGGAAUUGAAUUUAAUUCAACCUUUUUGGAAUGUAUACCUAAAUCCCAACAAGCCUCUGUUGAGUGGUACAUCCAGCGGUCAGGAGAUGAGCAUCGAGAAGAGUUGAAACCCGAUGAAAGGAUCAUCAAAACGGACUAUGGGCUACUGAUUCGAAGCCUGCAGAAGAAGGACUCUGGGAUUUAUUACUGCAAAGCACAGGAGCACACUUUCAUCCACACCAUAGUGAAGCUGACUUUGAAUGUCAUUGAGAAUGAACAGAUGGAAAAUAACCAGAGGGCAGAAUACCAGGAGGGGCAGGUCAAGGAUCUGUUGGCUGAGUCACGGUUGAGAUACAAAGACUACAUCCAAAUCCUUAGCAGCCCAAACUUCAGCCUGGACCAGUACUGUGAGCAGAUGUGGUACAGGGAGAAGCGGAGACAGCGCAACAAGGGCAGCGCAAAGUGGAAGCACAUGCAGGAAAUGAAGAAGAAACGGAAUCGACGGCAUCACAGAGACCUGGAUGAGCUUCAGAGAUCAGUGGCUACAUAGCUUUCUAUUUAAUUUAAAGAGAGAAUUAUUUACCUGCCUGCAGAAGUAAUGUUUUUUGUUCUGUACAUCCCUUAAACUAACUCGUACAUGCUUUCCCAUGGAGUCUCACUAAGGCACAGAACGCUAUGCUGAAUAAAGACGGUAUAGGACAAAACUGAACUAUCUUUCUGAGAGCAAAACCUAUAUCAGCAAAGUCAAGAACUGUCCUAAAAAUAGGGGCAUCACGUUUGUAAAUGUUUUACAGUCUGAACUCCAUGUCACGUAAAUAAGCAAGCUAAGUGAACACCGGGUCCACUGAGGAAGGUCCUUUAUUCCCAAGCAUGUCCAUUGAGCGUAGACUUUCCCAUGCUGGUGGCUGUGUGCUUAGAAGCAGCUUAAUCAUCCCAGUCUAGAACAGGUGAUCUUGUAGGGACUGGAGAAAAGGCACACAUUAGAACAGCUUAUGUUAGCAAUAGGAACUUUCUCAAGGAGCCAUCAGCCUACACUUGGAGCCAGGCAUGGGAAUUUAGGAAGGUGGGUUCUGUCUUUCUGGCAACAGGCUACAUCUAGUGUACUGCAGUAGUACUUUGUGAGAGGGUAUUAAGGAUCCUAACCAGGUUCGUUUUGAUUGGUCAAGAGAAGCAGCGUCACAGUCGGAACCUGAUACUCAACGAUGAGCUCUAGAAUGCAUACUCUAGUAACUUAGUACACGAUUCCUGUGCACUUUGGGAGACAUGGUAAAAUAUCUUAAUAUAAUAAUAAGGGUGACAUGGUGUACACUGUAUCCUAAUCUGUAGAUGGGAAUUGUUAGGAGACAGACAGAAGGAUAACUGUAAAUUCUGGCUCUGAGAAAAACUUAUAUUGCCAUAAAAAAAGGAGAAAGCCAAAAAGUAGAUAGAAUGUGAUGGAAUUCUUUCCACUGGAGUAUAAAUAUCUGCCAACUUGUAAUGUGUCAGUUAAAAAUAAUUUAGAUUAUAGCACAUUGUUAGCAAAAGCUCAAGUGAAAGUAAAAUUUGUAAAAAAAAAUAUGGGAUGGCAAUAUUUUAUUUAUAACCAAUGUAUUUCUCUGUUCUCUUUUUUUCUAAGUAUUUAUCAUUCUGUAUAUUGUUUGCAUUUAUAUCCUUUAUUGAUUAUAUUUGAGGAAAUAGGAGAAAGCAAUGCGUAAUACAUAGAGAUAAUUGGAUAGAUGACCAAGGUGGGGAGUGGGGUUAUAUAUUUGUUAACUGGAUGGAUAAAAGCAAAAUUUUGAUGACGACGAGAAGGGUUAAAUUAACUCUUCGACAUCUCUUUACAAAAACUUUCAAGCAGCACUGUUUUUAGCAGUCACAAGUCACAAGUAAGUCUUCCACAUGUAAAGAAAAAAGUUCACAGCAUUAGCAUAAAUACCAUUUUUAUUCUGCUAGCAUGUGUUAAAUUCAACUUUCCCUCUGAACUGUGUUUUCCUGCCAGUCUCCUGUAGAAAUCACCUUUCUUUCCUUCCUUUAGCACAAAGCCCUUAGCCUUCCUCUGUUUUGCCUUUUCACGCCCUUUAUAGUGUGAAAUGAACAAUUAGUCACUUCCUCGCAAAGAAUGCAGCUUUUUAGUAAACCAACAGACCUUGCUUGUUUCUCAUGCAUUCUACAUGUUUUGAAAGAUUCUGUGAGAAGCCUGUGUGAUUAAAGGCCAGUGUUACAGAGUCAAACAAUCUCUCUGUUCAAAGUAGCAUCAGUAUUUUACAUUCAUUUAAUUUGCAUUGGUUAUCUAUCUCAAGGGCAUAACAUUGAUCUGCAAAGGUCUAGUAUAAUGAUGAAUAUUUGUAGAUGCUUCACUGUAAGAAAAAGAAAAAUUGAAGGAACGAUUUUAAUAUGUAAACCAGAAUGAAUUGCAUCUCCAGAAGAAAUGCAUACAAAUUUUUUGUCAUGGUUAGAAUACUAAUCAUAUAUCACACAGGGUUUACUGGCUUACUGAGUGCUACAAACUCAUAGCAAACUCAAGUCAAUGAGGGCGUGCUUCAUUUAAAAAAUAUUUUCAGAUAGUUGUGUAUCAAAGAGUAAUAUUCAAAUAUUAAAAGUAUUAAAAAUUGCA